AUGAGUUGCAGAGUUAAGACUGCACUAAAACUGAAGGGUAUAGAACACGAAUUCAUUGAAGAAGAUCUUGCCAACAAGAGUCCUUUACUUGUUAAGUACAACCCUGUUCACAAGAAGAUUCAUUUGCCCUUGCACAAUGGAAAACCAAUUUGUGAGUCGCUUGUCAUUCUUGAGUGCAUUGACGAGACCUGGAAAGGCACUCCCAUCUUACCUAAAGAUCCUCGUGAGAUAGCCAUGGCACGUUUCUGGGCCAACUUCAUAGAUGAGAAGUGCUUUCCUGCAAUAUUGAAGGCUUUGUCAAGCAAAGACGAUGAACAAGAGAAGGCCAUGGAAGAAGCAAGUGAGGACCUGAAAACACUAGAAGCCCAACUCAACGAUAAAAAGAAUUUUCCUUCUGUGAUCCAUCAAACAGUUAUUGACUUCUUAGUUGUUAGUAUCUUAGUUGGAAUAGAUGCGAAAAUCAGGUGCUCCGGUGUGAAAAUAUUCAAGAUGUUGCAAAUCUCAUGA